AUGUCGGACAACAAGAGUUCCUUCCAUCCAGCUCUUGCGGUUUCGAACAUCCGAAACCAUAUCUCCAUUACCCUUGAGAUGGAGAACAUCCAAUAUUCAACGUGGGCGGAGCUUUUCAAAAUUACCGCACGUUCUCAUAAGGUCCUUCAUCACAUUAUUCCUCCGGCCAAAGGCAAAGAGAAGGUACCUUCAACUGAGGAUGAGAAAGAAUUAUGGUCGACUCUUGAUGCUACGGUGCUUUCAUGGAUUUAUGCUACUAUUUCGAAUGACCUUUUGCAUACCAUUAUUGAGCCCGAUGCUACGGCCAUGGAAGCUUGGAAUAGGCUUCGUGACAUAUUCCAAGAUAACAAAAAUUCUCGUGUGGUAACCCUUGAAGCCGAGUUCUCUACUACCAAAAUGGAGAAUUUUCCAAAUGCAUCGGCUUAUUGUCAGCGUCUCAAGUCUUUGGCUGACCAAUUGAAGAAUGUCGGGGCUCCAGUAUCGGAUAGUCGGCUUGUCACUCAAUUAGUUUCGGGUCUCACACGGGCAUACAGAGGUGUCGGUACCGUGAUUCGACAAAGUGAUCCUCUGCCGCCAUUCUAUCAAGCCCGAUCAAUGGUAAUAUUGGAGGAGGCUGGCUUGGCGAAGGAGGUUGCCACAGGGUCAGAAUCUGCGAUGGUAACCUCUCACACGGAUUUUGAAGAGUCGGAUUCUACACAUUCAAACACCGAAACCAAACCACAACGCGGGAAGCUAUAUGGCAAUCGGAAGAACAACAGGCGGUCUGGUUCCGGCGGUGGGAGAGGAUCCGGCGGCGGCAACCAGGGCCAGGGCCGUGGUGGCGGUGACCGUGGGGGUCAAUAG